ACAGGACGGAACAGGAGGUGGCGGACUCGGAGGACUCUGAAGCCGGCGGCUCCUUGGGCUCUAGGCCGCACAGCCUCGGGCUUGGCAUAUCUGCUCAUAGUUUGAGUGAUUGUGUCACCAGCCAUGCCGACCGUGGUGUUACUGGAUGUUUCUCUCUCCAUGACGAGGCCUGUCUCUCUGGAGGGCACAGAGGAAUACCAGCGUAAGCACUUGGCAGCCCAUGGGCUAAGCAUGCUAUUUGAACACAUGGCAACCAAUUACAAACUGGAGUUCACCUGUCUUGUAGCUUUCUCUUCACUCUGGGAGCUCAUGGUUCCUUUCACCAGAGACUACAAUACUCUACAGGAGGCACUGAGUUCUGCAGAUGACUAUGACAAGACUUGCCUGGAGUCUGCACUCAAUGGCAUUAGUAACAUUGUGCAGGAUGAGUGGGGUGUCUGCAUCCCCUGUCAGGUGAUCCUUGUAACGGAUGGGAGUCUGGGAAUAGGCCGAGGAUCUCUUCGCCAUUCCCUCUCUCUCCUCAGUCAGCGCUCCGAGGACAGCAAAUUCCCCCUACCUUUCCCUUUUCCUUCAAAGUUGUACAUUAUGUGCAUCGCUAACCUGGAAGAGCUGCAGACCACAGAUACAUUGGACAUUCUGGAACGUCUUAUAGAUUUAAAUAAUGGCGAGGGGCAGAUCUUCACCAUUGAUGGUCCUCUCUGCUUGAAAAAUGUGCAAUCCAUGUUUGGCAAACUGAUUGACCAGGCCUACUCUCCUUUCCAUGCUGUGCUGAAAUGUGGUCACCUGGUAUCUGACAUGCAAAUGUUUCCGAGGCCAGAACCUGUCAUCAUUGAUGAAGAACUGGAGCCUGUCCCAAAGACUAUCAACACAGAGCUGGAUAUAGUGGGAUUUAUAAAAAUCGCUGAUAUUGCCAGUCCACCCGUCCUUUCUCGUCAUUUGGUUUUACCUAUAGCCCUGAAUAAAGAAGGUGAUGACCUGGGGAGCGGGUUACCUGAAGAAACUGAAGAUGAAACCUCUGCUUCUCAAAUAGCUGGAAAGAUGCCAUCGUUUUGUGUUUUGCUGCAUGGCAGCCUCAAAGUCGAAGGGAUGGUGGCUAUAGUGCUGCUUGGACCAGACUGGUAUGGAAUGCUGUAUUCUCAGGCUGAUAGCAAAAAGAAGUCCAAUCUGAUGAUGUCCCUUUUUGAGCCUGGUCCAGAGCCUCUUCCCUGGCUUGGAAAGAUGUCGCAGUUGGGGCCCAUUUUGGAUGCUGAGGAAAAUCCCUAUGGUGAAGAUGACAGCAAAAGCCCCUUCCCCAUACAGCCUAGGACAAAGCGCAGUUAUGCUCAGAAUGUCACUGUCUGGAUUAAGCCCAGUGGACUGCAGACUGAUGUUCAGAAGAUCUUAAGAAAUGCUCGGAAACUUCCAGAAAAAACACAAACAUUUUAUAAGGAACUAAAUCGGUUGAGAAAAGCAGCGCUCGCAUUUGGAUUUCUGGACCUACUGAAAGGUGUAGCUGAUAUGUUGGAUCGUGAAUGCACGCUCCUCCCAGACACUGCCCAUCCUGAUGCUGCAUUUCAACUCUCCCAUGCUGCUCAGCAGCUAAAGUUGGCCAGCAGUGGGAACUCUGAGUAUGCAGCGUAUGAACACAACAUUGCCCCUCUGCAGACAGACUUUUCCAGUAGCAGUGCUGACAGAAUAUGAUUAGAAUAGAAACUGUAUUUGGUUCACUUUUGAGGACCUUACUUUUUAAAAGCAGUGAUUUGCUGGAAGUGCUGUGCACAAAGAUACAGCAAGGGCCAUGUGGCUGUUUCAAAAGAAAAAAUUACUACACAACCUACCUGGGAUCAUAUAGUGCCAAAAGAAAAUCUUUUUUACAAAAUCUAUUUUUUAAUAAGCUGACUUUUUGGGUUAUUGUUAAAGUAGAAGAAAAUCUCAAUUGUUUCUUUUCACCACACAACCUAGGUAAAACAAUUUGUGGUACUCUACAAUUUGUGUACUUUCUCAACAAAUUCUUCUAAAUUUUCAGUAUAGACCAACCAGAAUGAAACAAAUCACUUGUCUUGUGUCUGAGAUUGUAUGUUUAGCACAUUGGUUAUUUGGUACAAUAACUCUUGGCUUAGAAUAGAAGAGUGUCACAAACAAGAGCUAUGCCUCAAAUCUGAAUGAUUCAUGAAUCAUCUGAUUGUUGUACUGCCUCAUUUGUGACAGCUGUGUCACAAUUUAAUUCAACUAUUUUCAGUGAUGUAGGGGUCUUUCAAAUGUGUUUCUGAAUGAAAAGAGAGCCUCAUAUUGUCUUAGUAUUUACAAUAAUGCAUCCCAGUUUAAUCAUACUUAAAAUUCUGAAAUUGAGUUAGUUCGGUGAACAUUUCUGUGGAAGAGACUACAGUAGUCCCCACAUACCCACCAUGAAUACGUUCGAAGUCCCACUGCAGAAGCCCGGAUCCACAGAUAGGUGCUAACCCAUUCAUUUAAAUGGGAAAUUGACCUUCCCGGCAGCUCCCUGGCUCUGUAAGCUUCCCUGUAAUAUGGUUGGGAUGCAGUAAAUCGAAACAGAGGCAAAUGAUUCCGUAGGUAUGGGGAUUACCCUGUAUAUGAUGCAAAUCUGUGGAAUCCUUUAAUAGUUCGGCUGUCUUUAACGUAGGCAGCAUGUCCUAAGCUACAAAGAUAAAUGUGAAUCAGAAGCGUGCAGGUUUGAGUCCAGCCCAUUGGUAUUGCAGAGAUGUUUGGUUUUUUUUUUGCGCUACAGUAACUGAAAUUAUUUUAAAUGAACUACUGUUGGACAGCUUGAUGACACCUGCAUCUUCGUUGGAUUUGACCUCACUGCUUCAAAACCAAUAUCUUGUUUUCCUAAACUGAAGCAGAGUUAAACGUUUACAAGUUCUCGCUCCCUGAAAACCAUCGACUUGGAUAGUCAUAGCAGUAAACCAAAAAGUUUGUGGUGUCCUUCAACUGGAACUGUGAACUUGAAUUACUUUUUUUCUGUAUCAUUUUAGAAGUGCCCUUUAAAAUGAGUAUGAUGCAGUUGCUACUGAUAACAUAAAGUAUGUUUCAAUAGCUCGCUGAAAAGAAAAUUAUUCCAAUUUCCCUUUCCUAAUCUGAGAGAGUGCUCGACGUUUAACUUGCGCAUCAGCAAAACCAAACUUUCAAUUUUAAAUUCCUUUGUGGGCAACAGCCUAGUAACUAUGAUUUCUUCCUCCAUAUAACUACUAUAGUGAAUUGUCAACCAUUGAUUAAAGACAGUAAAUUUCCUUCUCUGAAGGACUAGUGUUCAGGUGGGUUUUUCUGACAAUAUCAAGUAUUCCAAGGUCACAGCAGCAACUAUUUACUCCAGGUUUUAUUUUAACUAAAUUCAGAUUCCCUACUGUUGUAGUGGAAUCUGAAUUCAUGUUCUUGGAUCAGUACUUCAUUACCUAGGAGUUCUGUAGAUAGAACUGAAGGUUAAAAUACUAAAUCAUGACUGAUUUCACUUGAUCUCAGUAAAAGCUCCACAGUUAAAAUCUGACACCCUUAUGAUCAAACUUUGUCAUCUAUGCUAAUAUAUCCUUCAGUUCCUCAUCAAUUUCUGUCUGAUAACGCUCCUGAUAUUUUCUUACUUUAAAAGGUGCUUGAGUUAUUGAUCUAAAUCUACUGUUCAUUUUACCACAUCACAAAGUGGUUGUACAGGUUAACAAAACCAGAAACUAAGCACAGUGGUUAGCACUACUGCCUCACAGCACUAGAGAUCCUCUUUGGAGGAUCAGAGCAGACUCUGUGGGCCGAAUGGUCUCUUUGUACACUGUAGGGAUUUAUGAUUUCUCAAGGGGAAAGAACUGAAUAGUAAAAUAGUGACCAAGCUUUAGUUGUGGUCUUUGUAACUGCAAAAAUGAUUUUGUUAUAAAUGAUCCAAGACUAAAAAGGCAAGGGCUAUUUUCUGCACAAAAAUUGAAGGAUGAAUGGUGAUCUGAUAGAGCUUUAUGAGAUAAUGAAAUAAGGUAGACAAUGUUCCAUAACUAGGGAUUAUAAUUGUAAGGUAGUCACUAAUAAAUCCAAUAGGAAAUUCAGGAGAAACAGAUUUUCCAUCAAAAGUAGUUGAGAUAAAUAGCAUGAAUACAUUUAAAAAGGAAGUUUGAUAAACAUGAAAAAAAAAGCUCUGUGGAUCAGGUAAAAUCAACGGUUGGAAUGAGGCAUUUUUAUAGCAAAUACUGGUAUAGACCUAACUGGUGUUUCUGUGUUGCAAAUGCUUUGUGAUAUUUGAAGUCUAUUCUAACCUUGAAUGAUAAAUACCUUCUGAUCUUUUCUUAAAUUCACUCAUUGUUUCCUUAUGUAAUGGUAAGUAAAAGAA